GAGGUGGUGUUAAUAGGAUUCCGCCGGCGGUGGUGGCGGCUGCUGCGACUUUGGAGGCGGCUGCAGCGCUAGGAUGAACGCCCCUCCCGCCUUCGAAUCGUUCUUGCUCUUCGAGGGCGAGAAGAAGAUUACCAUUAACAAGGACACCAAGGUGCCCAAUGCCUGUUUGUUCACCAUCAACAAAGAAGACCACACGCUAGGAAACAUCAUUAAAUCACAGCUGCUGAAGGACCCCCAGGUGCUGUUUGCGGGCUACAAAGUCCCUCACCCCUUGGAGCACAAGAUCAUCAUCCGGGUGCAGACCACCCCAGACUACAGCCCCCAGGAGGCCUUCACCAACGCCAUCACAGACCUCAUCAGUGAGCUGUCGCUGCUGGAAGAGCGAUUCCGGGUGGCCAUCAAAGACAAGCAAGAAGGCAUUGAAUAGUCGGCUGGAGGAGUCUUGCUCGGCCAGUUCGUACCCUGCACUGGAACCUUCUCCAGGCCCCAAGUAGAAAAGAGCAGCUUCCCCAGCUUUGGUGAGCCGCUCUCCCCCAGAGCUGAUGUGUCUGUACACAGAGUCUGUUUUACCUUCCUAAUAAAAGUGCGGCAGGAAGAGA